GUUGGGGAAGAAUUUCAUCAGCAAACGUCAGUACAGGAAAGACUUGUUCUCCUAUAGAAGGCCAAAGAGGCGUUUUCGUCUCAUUCUGAGAUUCCGGACUGAUCCAGGAAGCUGGAGGCCCCUGUGCCGUGUCUCCUAUAUAUUACAGGGCGGAGGUCUCCGGUAAUCAGAUCAUUCCAAGGUGAUGUAAGCUCUGGUUUUCUCCUGCCCGGGUGUCAUGGCGGCCUCGUCUUUACAAGGACAGAUGAAUUGGCAAACCCCCGGGGAUCUCAUCAUAUAUUCUCUGGAAGACCUGAAAGGAAGUGACUUCAAGAGAUUAAAGAAUAAAUUGUCUGAUUUCUCUUAUGGAGAUAAACCUCCCAUUCCCAGAGGAAAACUGGAAAAUGCAGAUUGUAUCACCACAAAGGAUCUCCUGAUAGACAGAUAUGGAGAGGAGGGAGCUCUGGAUGUCAUAAUUAAAGUCUUGACCCUGAUCAGUCUUCUGGGACCCGCAGAUGACCUCCAGAAAAGGAGAGCGGAAAUAGCUCAGUUGGGGACACUCAAGACCAGCGACAGAUUAACAGAGUGUAAAAUGGAAUACAUGGAGUCAAUGAAGGAGGAUUUUCAGCGGAUUAAAGAACAUAAUGCUCGUAGAGGGGAGACUGUUAGCUUACAAAGUACAUACACCAAUUUACAACUAAUAAAGGGACCCCAGAUCAUGGAAGAAAAGAUGCAUGACAUUUUUAAUUCAGGCAAAGGACAUCUACAAAACUUGAAGAAAAAAUCGAAUAAAUAUUCCCCAACGACAAUUAAGACACUGUUUGAUCCAGAUAAUGAUGAUUUCACCCCCAAGGUUGUGGUGCUACAAGGACCUGCUGGGAUUGGAAAAACUAUGACCUCCAGGAAGAUCAUGCUGGACUGGGCCUCCGGGAAUCUCUACAAAGACGAGUUUAACUUUGUGUUUCAUUUGAGCUGUAAAGAACUCAACACCAUCACUGGACCCAUAAGCCUUGUGGGACUUUUAUCCAGAACCUGCAAACUGCAGUUAAGUUCAGAUGACCUGGUGUCUAUUCUGAAGGAUCCUGAUAAUCACAGAAAACUUCUCUUCAUAGUUGAUGGUUUUGAUGAAUUGCAGUGGACCCUGGAAAAAAAAUCUAAGGUUUGCCAUGACAUUUUUGAAGAAACUCAUAAAGACUUACUUCUCCAGAGAUUGCUCAGGAAACAGAUUCUGAAACCGUCUUCUCUGAUCAUCACCACAAGGCCACUGGCCCUGGAGAAACUUUACGCAUUUGUUGAUAAAUCACGUGAUGUUGAAGUUCUGGGAUUUACAGAGGAAGAUUGUAAGGAAUAUUUCCACAACUUCUUUAAAAAUAAAAAUCAUGCAGACAAGGCUCUCAGUCUUGUAAAAGAAAAUGAUGUUCUGUAUCCAAUGUGUGCCGUCCCCAUUGUAUGCUGGAUUGUGUGCACUGUAUUGAAACCCCAAAUAAAACAAGACUUGGACUUAUUGCAGGCUAAAACAGCCACCUCUAUAUAUCUCCUGUAUCUGAAGGGUCUAAUAAAGCACCAUUGCAGGGACCAGCCAACAAACGCUUGCCUAAAGAAAUUGUGUGCUCUGGCUAAGGAGGGAAUUUUGAACCAGAAAAUCUUGUUUGAGAUGGAAGAUCUAAAUAGACAUGGACUUUCUCUGUCUGAGGUUGAGUCUGUAUUUCUGAAUGAGAACCUGUUUCACCUGGACAUCGACACCCAAACCUGCUACAGCUUCAGCCAUCUGAGUGUACAGGAGUUCCUUGCUGCUCUCUAUUAUGUGCUGGGUGAUGGUUCUGGAAAUGAGGACGGGACCACUGGAUUGGGAAAGGGAACUUCUAUCCCCGAGAUCUGUAAAGGAAAUUCACUCUCAACAAUGUGUAAAGAACAUCCACAUUUAGCAUUAGCUGUGCGAUUCUUGUUCGGGCUGCUCAAUGAAAAUGAAGUUAACAUGUUUUCUAAGAGUACAGGCAUUAAAAUUUCACUCCCAGACAGGCAAGCAAUGGAAGAAUGGCUUAUGGGAGAAUGUCUUUUGAAAGACUUAGAUACAGGAAACACCUUGGCAACCUAUUCUAUUGAAGCCAUUCUAUGUCUGUAUGAGACUCAGGACAAGGACAUCAUCAGGAGAAUCAUCUCCUAUUCUUCACAUUUAGAACUGCUAGGAGAAUUCGGGAGGUGUGCCUAUAAAAGAAAUAAUUGGUCUAAACAGCUGUGCUAUUGCUUGAUGACUUGUGAUAGUCUCCAGACUCUCUCUUUUAAACACCUUAGAUUGGAACCCAAACACCUGCAAAUGUUAUCUUCAUUAUUAAACGGAUGUCAACAGCUCAGUUUUAUGGAUGUGAAUUCCCCAUUGAAGUAUGAAACGCGCACCAUUCCAUUUUCAGAAAAAAAAAUCUUUUUAAUUCCUUAUGAAGUACCUAUUGAUCUUUCCUGGUUGGCUCACCCACAUAGUAAUAUCAGGGCAUUAAGAUUAAAACGCCUUUUGUUGGCUCCUCCUAUCUGUGAUGGCUCUCCUCAAAUCACAAACCCAUUUAUCAUCAAUCUGGAUUUAACUCCGCUUAAAUUGGAGGACUAUGGAAUUAAACUUCUGUGUGAGGUACUCAGAGAUCCAGGCUGUACCCUACAGGAACUUACCGCUGAUUUUUGUAAUUUGACUCGCUUGAGCUGUAAUGGCCUCCGAUCUGUCCUUAUUGCAAAUCGAUCUCUCACCAAACUGGAUUUAACAAGGAACAAUCUAGAGGACUCUGGAAUAAAACGUAUCUGUAAUGGACUCAAACAUCCAGACUGUACCCUGAAGGAACUGAGCGUUGAUCUGUGUAAUUUGACUCGCUUGAGCUGUAUUUACCUCCAAUCUGUCCUUAUUGCAAACCGAUCUCUCACCAAACUGGAUUUAUCAAGGAAUGAUCUAGGGGACUCUGGAAUAAAACAUAUCUUUGAAGGACUCAAACAUCCAGACUGUACCUUGAAGGAACUGAGAUUUGGUUUUUGUCAGACGACAAUACUAUGCUGUGAUGACCUCUGCUCAGCUAUCUCUACAAACCAAACUCUGAACAUACUGGAGACAAAAUUUCAAAUUAAUGAGGAGAUCUCAGAAUCCUAUCCAAGCUUUGAGUGUCUCCGACGUCUGGGCUGUACUGUGGAAAUAUUCAGUUACAGAAAGCUAUUUCCUGGUGAUGGUAAUCUUGAAGAUUUUUUAAAAAGAGCAGAUGUUGAAAUUAAAUACCGAAGACCAAGUUUACACAUGGGACCUUGUUGAUCCAUCUACAGAUAUGAAGGUAAUGCAAGAGUUUGAAGAUUGAAAUACACAAUUCUGACUCAAAAAAGACCAAGUGAGAGUUUACACCGAAUCUGUGCCAACCUGCCAUUCAGACGCAUUGGCUGGUGUUCAGUGACAAAUCCAGGGGACCCAAACCACCCCUUGCUGUGUGGACACGCAGAUAAAAACAUUUGGCCUUUCCAUGACCAAUUUACUGUACAAAUUUUUAUAUGGUAAAUUCACCUUCUUGACACUUUAUUGCUAGAAUGUCCGGCAUUUUCUAAACAGUCUUUUCCCUGGCUGGAUCAUAAAAUGGUUCUGCAUAUAAGGCCCAGACCUCUAGCUGGGUUAAGGUGGAGCCUAGUACCAUAUGUAUGCUAAACUUUAGGCGCAAUGAAAGACAGACACAAAGUAACAGUGUUAUAUUGUAUAUACUUGGUUUCAUUCAUCUGCAGAUCAAAGGGAUGAGCUUCAGUCUGCAUAUGAUGUCAGUUAAAGCAACCUGACAAGUAAAACAAAAAAGGAAAUACAAUUUGUCCCUAUUUAACCUAUUUUUAGCCCUUAGUUUGUCAUAAACAGACCCUAAUUUACUCUAUUAUUCUUUUGCAGAUUUUUUUGUCUAUCUCUAUUUUUCUAACAAAUAAUAUGUUGUUGUUUUAUUGUAAAACGAUGUACGGUAAAAAAAAAAGCCAUUUUUUUAAAUUUGUAAAUAACUUUGCAAUACUUUGUAUUAAAAUCAUAAUUAUCAUAACCAUCAUUUUAACUAGGACAAAUUAUAGAAUAAAAUGUAGACUUUUUUAUCUUC